UGAGAGAUCAAGGAUUAGAGUAAAACUUUAAAAACUUAAUUCAGAAAUAAAUUCUUCAAGAACGUUCUCAUGACUCUCUACCUUCUUAACUCUGUUCUUUCUGCAGGCUGAAAAGAAAGCUAAGGUAAUUGCUGGAAUGAAUGCUGUGGAAGAAACACCACGGAGCGAGCCGCAGAAGGAGGAGGAGGAGGCUAGCCCACCAGCCUCACAGCAGCCAACUGACCCUGCUUCUCCCAGUGUGGCUACUACCCCAGAACCUGUGGGGCCUGAUGCUGUAGACAAGAGCAUAUCAAAGUCAGCUGAUGAUGAGCCAGAAUAUGAGGAUGGCCGGGGAUUUGGGAUUGGGGAGCUGGUGUGGGGAAAACUGCGUGGAUUCUCCUGGUGGCCAGGCCGCAUUGUUUCCUGGUGGAUGACUGGCAGGAGCCGGGCUGCUGAAGGUACCCGCUGGGUCAUGUGGUUCGGUGAUGGGAAGUUCUCUGUGGUCUGUGUGGAGAAACUGCUUCCACUCAGCUCCUUUGCUAGCGCCUUUCAUCAGGCCACAUACAACAAGCAGCCCAUGUACCGAAAGGCCAUUUAUGAAGUACUGCAGGUGGCCAGCAGCAGAUCAGGCAAGAUCUUUCCAUCCUGUCCAGAGAAUGAUGAAACAGACACAUCCAAAGUGGUUGAAAUCCAGAACAAACAGAUGAUUGAAUGGGCUUUAGGAGGGUUCCAGCCAUCUGGCCCAAAGGGAUUGGAGCCUCCUGAAGAGGAACGCAAUCCCUACAAAGAAGUUUACACGGAGAUGUGGGGGGAACCAGAAGCUGCUGCCUAUGCUCCUCCUCCACCAGCCAAAAAACCAAGGAAAAGCACAGCUGAGAAGCCUAAGGUCAAGGAAAUCAUAGAUGAGCGCACCCGAGAGCGUCUUGUUUAUGAGGUUCGACAGAAAUGCAGGAAUAUUGAAGAUAUCUGCAUUUCCUGUGGAAGCCUAAAUGUCACCCUGGAACACCCUCUCUUCAUUGGCGGAAUGUGCCAAAACUGCAAGAACUGCUUUUUGGAAUGCGCCUAUCAAUAUGAUGAUGAUGGCUAUCAAUCAUAUUGCACCAUCUGCUGCGGUGGCCGUGAAGUCCUUAUGUGUGGGAACAACAAUUGUUGCAGAUGCUUUUGUGUAGAGUGUGUGGACUUAUUGGUGGGUCCUGGGGCUGCUCAGGCAGCUAUCAAGGAAGAUCCCUGGAACUGCUACAUGUGUGGCCACAAGGGUGUCUAUGGCCUGCUCCGGAGACGAGAAGACUGGCCCUCACGCCUUCAGAUGUUUUUUGCCAACAAUCAUGAUCAAGAGUUUGAUCCACCAAAGGUUUACCCUCCAGUCCCUGCUGAAAAGAGAAAGCCCAUCCGGGUGCUGUCACUUUUUGAUGGCAUUGCCACAGGACUCCUUGUGCUAAAGGAUUUGGGCAUCCAGGUGGAUCGAUACAUAGCAUCUGAGGUGUGUGAAGAUUCUAUCACAGUUGGGAUGGUCCGACACCAGGGCAAGAUCAUGUAUGUUGGGGACGUCCGCAAUGUCACUCAGAAACAUAUACAGGAAUGGGGUCCCUUUGACUUAGUGAUUGGAGGGAGCCCCUGCAAUGACCUCUCCAUUGUUAAUCCUGCCAGGAAAGGCCUUUAUGAGGGCACAGGUCGACUCUUCUUCGAAUUCUAUCGUCUCCUUCAUGAGGCCAGACCCAAGGAGGGAGAUGAGCGACCUUUCUUCUGGCUGUUUGAAAAUGUGGUGGCCAUGGGCGUCAGUGACAAAAGGGACAUCUCUCGCUUCCUAGAGUCUAAUCCAGUGAUGAUCGAUGCCAAAGAAGUCUCUGCAGCCCACAGAGCCCGGUACUUCUGGGGAAAUCUGCCUGGCAUGAACAGGCCGCUGGCUUCAACUAUGAAUGAUAAGUUGGAAUUACAAGAGUGUCUGGAACAUGGCCGGAUAGCUAAGUUCAGCAAAGUACGAACCAUCACCACACGUUCCAACUCCAUCAAGCAAGGCAAGGACCAGCAUUUCCCUGUCUUUAUGAAUGAGAAGGAGGACAUCCUGUGGUGCACCGAGAUGGAGAGAGUCUUUGGCUUUCCGGUCCACUACACGGAUGUGUCCAACAUGAGCCGCCUGGCAAGGCAGAGACUGCUGGGUCGUUCCUGGAGCGUGCCGGUGAUCCGCCAUCUCUUCGCCCCCUUAAAGGAGUACUUUGCCUGUGUUUAAAGAGACAUAACCACAAAACUGGCAAAGCGGAGGAGGAGUCUCAAACACAACCACCCCCAGGAACAGAAGAGAAGUGGCACCAGAAUGGAGGAAAUGGCUGGUGGGUGAGAGGGUGGGAGAGGGCAGCCCGCAUACAUAUGCAGCUCCCAUCACCCAAAUCUUCACCCAUCCUCUCCCCAAUUUGAAAUGCCCCAAUCAAACCAACCAAUCCCACUUUCUGUUGGUAAUCCUUUAAUUUCCUGCUCUUUCUGGAUGGGUUUGCCUGUUAGUUUGGUUUCUGCCGCUCCUCGGCUGAGCCCCCAGCAAUGCGGGCUGUCCACUGAUGCCCCGCAAAAGAGAAAUUUCCAGCCAAGCCCAAAGCUGAAUGGGCCUUGGGGCUUUAUUGCCCAAGCUCAGUUUAGGAGCACAAAAUGAGGUGCAGCGGGACCUCCUUGCGUCUUAUCAGCGCCAUUCCUGGGCCGAGCGCAAGCUGGGAAGCUCCCAGUCCUACCUGGUCCCCCCAAGCCACACACUAGAGUAUUUGGGUGCCUAUCACACAGGAGACCUUGAUACACCCUGCUCCUACAGCCGCUCUUACCUCUUGUUUACAGUUUAUAUAUAUGUGAGAGUUAUGUGAGAGAAAUAUCUAUAUAUAAAAGGUACUGUUACUACUGUACAACUGACUUUCAAAAUGGUGCUUCUACAACCACAGAGGGUGGGGCUGAGGGCAGCUUCCGUGGUGCUUCACAUGCUAGCCCGCAGGAAUGGUGGGGGGAGCUUUUCCAACUGAUUGCAGCCCCAUCUUAAUAAGGGAGAGAAGGCUGACGGGCACCAUUCUCCGCCCCGGGUGGCAUGCAAUAAUACUUUUCUUCCUGAAAAGGCAAACCUCCCUCAGGCCAGGGGCUUGGGCCUUGCUAGAUGGGGCUAACCUACCCCCCUACCCUCCCCCCCCCCGCAGAGCUCCAGGCCGGGGCCCUAAUGUUAGUGGUGCUUUAUUGAAAUUGGCGUUUUCUGGGGCCCCACCCAUCACCAACCUGGCUGCCAGACCAGGAGGCAGAGAGCACCCAAGGACCAGCAGUGCUUGUUUUGGUCAUCUCUGAACUCACUGGCUGUAAGGUUCCUGAUCAGAUCUUUUGGUUCUGCUCCUUUUCUCCAUGUUUGCCCCUUAAAAGACAAAUUCAGCUGCAGAAUAACUAUGGGGAUAGGGAGGCAGAGAAAGAGAGAGGGAAGAGCCCCCGCCAUCCUGCACUGCAGUAACCCUUCUGCCCCGUUCCUUUGUGAUUUUGUGUGUUCGGAGGUCAGCACCUGCUGCCCUUCCUUCUCCCCCCCCCCUCCUUUCUAUUUGUGGCUGACACAAAUUUAUUAUAGACUUCCUGUUUUGCUUGAUCAGACUCUGGCUGUGCUACCUUUCUCCUCCCCCCACACACAUGUUGAGGGUACAGAGGGGCAAAAAUAAAGGUGGGCAGUUCUCACGUGAAGAGAGUCUCACCAGGACCUGAUGAACUCUCGUGUGCAAGGUCUGGCUUAGGAGUCAAAUUUCCUGGAGUAUAUCUUGGUAAUUGUGUGCACUUUACUCUUUGGGGCAAGGGGAUAAAUGACCUUCACCAUGAGUCUGUGAUGCACAAUGUAUAAGGGAUGGCCACUGGGCUCUGGUCAAUCCUUAGUGCAUGGACUUGGAGGCUGCUUCUCCCUUCUGCUUGCAGAGACUGAUCCCAACAGGGUCCAAAAUUCUUGGUGCUAAUGGGGAUAUCUCUUCCCUACUCCCCCACCAACCAGCUUUUGCCUCAGUAGCUUUUCCAUCUGCGCCUCCACAGGGGACAGCAUCUCCCCUCUGCUCCUGUCUUCCCUGUGUCCAUGGUGCUCUCGGAGGCAAUGGAGUAGAUGCUGAGGCAAAACUCGGGAGCAGGCGGGAAUGAUUGUGGAAGAUAGCAGAUCUCCCUCUGCCUUCUCAUUAACACUCCCCAGCGCAAUCUCUUGAGCGGUGAAACAGUUGGCAGCAGACAAGGAAGGUCUCUGUUGAAGGCUGUUGGUCUUGGUGCUAAAAUUUGGGGGAGUUAGGGUGGCAGGUAGGUGCCUCUGCUCACUUCCUUUCAAACUGUGAAGGGUGUUGGGGUCUCGCUCAGGGCCGAAUGGGGAAGGGAGAACGGUGGGUACUUCGGAUGGGGCUGUCUGGCAAGAUACGUCCCCCCCCCCACCUGUUGCCUCCAUGAUAGGCAGUCUCCUUCACACUCCAUUCUUCCUCUGACCCCAUUGGUCGUUGUUUCGGUGACUGCCUGUCUGCGCAAAAUUCUUCAAAGGGAGGUUUUCCUUACAACAGGAUUUCCAAGCCUUCCCAACCCAUUUGCCACAAAGCUAGGGGGAGAGAUUCCCUCUGGGUUUCUUGUAGUCUAGUUUCACUGGUGCUAAAUGGGAAGUAUUUAUUGGAAGAGUCUAGCUCAAUGAACUGAGUACAUCUUUUCCAUGUAGAAGAUCUUAAAAUUGAAACCCGGGCAUUUCCAAGUGGUGCUGGAAAAAACUCCUGCCUGAAACCUUGUAGAGAUCCUUUCACUCAGGGUUGACAGUACUAGGUUAAGGGAUCUAUGCUAUAAUUCAGAAAAUAAGGCAGCUUCCUACGAGUUUGUCCUUGGCUGAUGUCCAGCCAAAGUAAUCUGAGCCAAAGGGCUGGUUGAAGGAGAGGAGGCUCUAGGUAUCUCCCCCAAAUGGUGGGAAGGGGUAUGGGUUGUUUUUUUUUUCUUUUCCCAAUUGUAUGCUUCAGAGAAGAAUCUAUUUGGGGGGGAAGGUAUACCUUUAGUAGCUACACCCUUUUCUCCCCAAAGUCUUCCUUUCAGCAUAUUCAGUUUAGACAUGGGGCUGGCCACAUAAUUCCUAAAGUCGGUUCCAGUAGCUGUCAGCUUCGCUGGAUCCUCAGUGUAUUCAUGGCACUGCCAGUAGACUUUAGUUCGGAACAGUCCAACCUCUCUUCAAGCAGGGCACUGCACCCAUCCAGUUCUGUCCCCAAACUGGAAGUGGCCUCUUGGGAAGCCUUUAUUUGUGUUGUCUUUCAAAUGUUCCUGAUGUAUUUGCCUUGGGCCUGUUUCACUGUCCACCACAGAAUCCAGCUGUUUUCCCAAUGUGGUGGGGAGCAAGAGGGGAGACUGAGUUUACAAACUGAUGUGACUCAGAUCUUUUUACAAAGAGCCCUUUUGUCAAGGUUGCACAGCCCUAGACUGAAAAGCAAAGCAACCGGGCCCCUCCUGCCCCCAUUGCCUGAAUUCCUUUGGCAUUUGCAGAGGGACAAGGUGACAACCAAGGUGCUAAACAAGUUUUAUUACAGAUCUCUAUUAACUUAAGUCUGCUGUCUGGACAAUGACUGUUUUGUUUUUCUUGUAGUGAAGUUUAAAAGAGCUCUAUUAUUUUACUCUUAUAUAUUAUUAUAAAAAAAGGCAUUUUAACUUUGUACUUGAAACCUAAAGAAAAAGAUUUCAUGUGUUUUAGCUUAGACAUUGAAGUAGCUGAGACGCUUUACUGUUUGUGGGAAACCAUGUAUUCAUGCUGAAAAUAAACUGUGUUGAGAUCCUGGGAAGAGCUCAGCCCUGUUCCCUGCUCUCCAGCCGCCUCCCAUCUGACAUUCCAUGCAGCUCAACCCAGAUGUCCUUCCUUUCCUUUUUCAGUUCCAUUCUCCCAGCCCUUCCGUCUUUUUCUUUCUGGAUGAUUUUGGGAUGCCCCAUCUUCUUCAGAUGCUUUUUUUUUUUUAGGAUUGCUUCUAUAUUUAUUGACAAAUAAAUAAUGUACAUUUCAGAGUAUGGUUCUGCUUUGCCAGGGUCGGGGAGGCCCAUCUCCCCAUCCCUAUGGGCAGGCUGUUGUAUCUCUGUGUAAGUAUUGCUCGUGACAUAGCUGUUUUAUAAACUAAUUAAAAGGUCAAUGGUGCAGCAGAUGUUAGAAAGUCUGUCCGUUCCGCCUCCAUCCCAUCCUUUGCAUCUUUCUUUUGUGCUCAGAACACUCGAAUAAGGAAGGCUCCUUGCUGAUGUACUUGUGCUGGAGAACACUUGAAUAAAUGUUCUGCUUUGUGCAAAAA